GGCUCCACUUGCCUGGAAAACAAUCAGUGUUGAACAGCGAGACGACGACGACACAGAUUGCACACACAUGUAUGCAGCGUCAGACUACGUGUGCGCGCUUUAGUCCACGCCAGCACACGUCGACACGACACCUCCGCUGCGUGCGUGGAUCUUCUGCAAUAGUCAUCAUCGGCUGCCUCCUCCUCCUCCUCAUCCUCUGGGGAGGUUGAUUUGCUGCGCACAAUGUGGAAAAAAAUUUCAGUGAAUACUUGAAGAGUGACGACAACUUUCCUCCCUUUUCCGACGCGGAGAGGAGGAGUUGAAACAAGGGGAGAGGGAGUGAAGGAGAGGAAGGGGGGCUUGUGGUGCGUCUAAUCCGUCCAGCCCCCGCAGCCUGGAGCUGUGCAGCCCGGUCUAAACGCGAGCAAUGUGGCCCGUGGAGGAGCGUCGCUCUCCGCUGUGCGACUCCAUGGAUGCUGCAGCUCGGUCGGGCUCCUCGCAGUGCCUUUGUGGACCGGACAACGACUGGGGCUGAAUAAUGUUUGUGUAACGAGGAGAGUUUUUUUUCUUUUUUUCUCUCUGUGGAUCGGAGGACUGAUGGAAACAUUCAAGGCAGUUUUUUGGCAUUCUCAGACAUGUUUCUUCACUCUCCGUGUGCGAACAUGUCGAAAGUGCACUGAAGUUUUUCUCUCCAUGAGGACUUUUAUUUUUUUUGGCUUUACUGGACUUCACUAUGGGAUGUUCCAUCUUUGAUAAAAGGAGUGUUUUAAAGCAUUGAACCCCAGCAUGGCACUUAACUGGGCUUACCUUCUACUCCCACUCUGGGCAGUAGGAGCAGCCUUCUCGGGGGUCCUUAACACCACUGACAGAGACGUUUUUACGGACGACUUGCUGCAGGUCCAGUUGGUCGGGGACCGAAUGGCUGAGCAGCAGGUGGCGUUCUCCCACCCAGGUCUAUAUUUUGGCCCAGGAGACGUACAGCAAAUGAGGCAAAGGUCCUCCGGCAGCCACAGUCAUAUAUUUAAAGUCAUCCGGGCGGCUGCGCUCACCAUGCUGUCCAACGGUCCUUCUUUCCUUCCACCUGCCAAGCAUGAGGAGUUUACAAGCAAGUGGAACGAGAUUUACGGGAACAACCUACCUCCCCUGGCGCUGUACUGCCUGCUGUGCCCCGAGGACUCAGCCGCCCUGCAAUUCCUCAUCAAAUUUAUGGACAGGAUGGCUGAGUACCCAAACUGGAAGGUAACCAGCGCGCCACACGACGAGGUCCCAAUGGCACACUCCCUCACUGGGUUCGCCACGGCCUAUGACUUUAUUUAUGCCUACCUGGACGUACGGCGGAGAGACGUUUACCUCAACAAGAUCCGCUCGCAAACGGCGGCGCUUUAUGACUUCUCCAAGUACAGGGGCUGGGGCCGGCAGUAUCUCCACAAUCACCAGACCACCAACGUAGUGGCCCUUCUGACCGGGGCCAUCGUGGUGGGGUCUCACGACGACCCAGACUCUAUGCUUUGGAAACAAGUGGCGGUUAACUACAUGGAGAAAACCAUGUUCCUGCUCAACCACGUGGUGGACGGCACGCUUGAUGAGGGGGUGGCGUACGGGAGCUACACGGCCAAGUCCAUCACGCAGUACGUCUUCUUGGCCAUGCGGCACUUUAGCAUCGACAACACGCUGAACAACUGGCUGAGGGCGCACUUUUGGUUCUACUACGCCACCCUCCUGCCUGGCUUCCAGAGGUCAGUGGGCAUCGCAGACUCCAACUACAACUGGUUCUACGGGCCGGAGAGUCAGCUGGUGUUCCUUGACGCCUUUGUCCUGAGGAACGGCACGGGGAACUGGCUGGCUCAGCAGAUCCGCAAGCAUCGACCCAAGGACGGCCCCAUGGGACAGUCGUUGGCUCAGCGCUGGGCCACGCUGCACACGGAGUACAUCUGGUAUGAUGCGCGCCUGGCCUCGCAGCCUCCCCCCGGCUUUGGCAAAGCCAGCAUGCACAUUUUCUCCAACUGGGGCGUCGUGACCUAUGGUGCCGGGCUGCCCAGCGGCCAGGGAAACACUUUUGUUUCCUUCAAGUCCGGCAAGCUGGGUGGCCGCGCAGUUUACGACAUAGUCCAUGAGAAACCGUACUCGUGGGUGCACGGUUGGAAUAGUUUUAACCCGGGUCACGAGCACCCAGACCAGAAUUCUUUUACCUUUGCUCCUAACGGGCAAGUGUUUGUGUCAGAAGCACUUUAUGGACCAAAGUUGAGCUACCUUAACAACGUGCUGGUCUUCGGUCCCUCACCUACGAGUCAGUGUAAUGCUCCAUGGGAGGGUCAGCUAGGCGAGUGCGUCAAGUGGCUGCGCUGGAACGAUGAGGGGGUUGGCGACACCAGCGGCGAGGUGAUUGUGGCAUCGUCGCACGGGGACACCAUGUUCACCAGUGGGGAAGCGGUGUCUGCGUACUCCCCCGCCAUGAGGCUGCAGAGCGUGUACAGAGCUCUGGUCUUGCUCAAUUCCCAAACGCUUCUGGUGCUCGAUCAUGUGGAGAAAGCGGCUGACUCGCCUGUGAGGUUGCUCAGCGCUUUCUUCCACAACUUGGACAUCGACUUUAAAUACGUUCCGUUCAGGUUCAUGGACCGCUACAACGGCGCCAUGAUGGAUGUGUGGGACGCGCACUAUAAAAUGUUUUGGUUUGACAGCAAGGGGCAUAGUCCCGAAACCCACAUACAAGAGGCGGAACAGGCGGCCGAGUUUAAAAAGCGGUGGACACAAUAUGUUAAUGUAACUUUCCCGAUAGCAGAUGCUGUUAGCAGGACAGCUUAUGUGUUCCAUGGGCCGUAUGUCAAAGUGUCCAGCUGUAAAUUUAUCGAUAGCAGCAAAAAUGGCGUGAGACUCUCGUUGAUGAUAAAUAACACAGAGACGAUAGUGUCCAUAGCGACAAAUUACAAAGACAUUGGGGCGAGGGAGGCAUAUUUAGGGUACGGUGGCCACUGUAAGGUGGAAGACCGAUAUCAAAUCACUCGAUUCGGGUCGGGGACGCAGGUGGUCCCCAAAAAGACUAGCAGUGACAAUCAACUCUUUGACUUGGUCUUCACGCUCAACGUGAUGGCAGGUGUGAUUCUCUGCGCUGCCGCCGCUUUCCUUGUCAUGUUGAGGAAGUUUUACGACGUGUGCUUCAGGCUGCGGCGGCUAAUGCCCUAUGCUCUGCUCACUGUCCUCUUCCUGUGGAUAGCCGGCCUGCUCUUUGUGUCCAACAGCUGUGAUCGGCUCCUUUGCGGGGUAAAGUGGAAAAGCGAAUCUGACUUGCUAGGCCGGCUGCAUGAACAGCGCCAGCUCCCCCUGCCCACCAUCCUCAUUGCGACCCUGCCCGGCUCGGGGGCGGAGAUCCUCAAGCACCUUUUCUACAAUAGCUCGGACUUUGUUUAUAUCAGGGUGCCCACCGAGCACUUGGACAUCCCAGAGACAGAGUUUGAGUUUGACUCUCUAGUGGAUGCUUGUGAGUGGUCCUGGUCUGAGGCCAAGCAGGGACGCUUCAAGAUGAUCCAGGGCUGGCUCCACUCACUGGUCUACAACACCAAGCUGCACCUGCAGAACAUUCAGCUAGCAGAAGAAAACUGGGCCCGACUGCCCGCACGCAGCGCCUCCAGUCCGGACUCAAAGAAACGGUCCAGGCGGAGGGAGCCGUCCGCGGAACUGAAAGGCAAGCUACGAGCCAGCAUGGACAGAGAUGUGGAGUACGUCCGGGAGCUGAGGCGCCACAUGGCUGAGUACCCAAACAGCCGUGUGGUUCUGAACAUGCGAAGUGGGAGCUGGGCGCUGAAGCUCCCUUUCAUCCGGGAGGUUGUGGGGCCUUCCCUAAAAAGCCUCUAUGUGGUGAGAGACCCUCGAGCAUGGAUUUAUCUCAUGUUGUACAACAGUGAGCCCAGCCUGUACUCCCUGAAGAACAUCCCUCAGCACCUUUCCUUGAUAUUCAAGGAGGACGCCAUGAAGGAUGGCUGCCCGAGCGUAGCGCCCGAGUUCAACACUCUCAGAGGACUGAUUGCCCGUAAGGAGAGUGACCCGGUCUUAAUACUGUCCCACCUGUGGCUCGCCCACACAGCUGCUGUGGUGCGGGUGAGCCAGAGCCUCCCAGAGGACUCCUACCUCCAAGUGCGCUUUGAGGACGUUGUCAACUCCCCACAGGAGACAGCGGAGGGGAUCCACACCUUCCUGGGACUGCCGUUGUCUCCCGCCGCCCUCAAUCAGCUGGCGUUCACGACAUCCACCAACCUGUACAGUCUGCAGUACGAGGGUGACAUCUCGCCGGCCAACAUCGCCACGUGGCAACAGAAAAUGCCGCGGCGGGAUGUGAGGUUGGUGGAGGACAUCUGCGGGGGUUUGAUGAAGAGGCUGGGCUACGGCCGCUUGCCCAGCUAACUCUGCACUGCUGUCAUUGUUUGCACUGAUUUUCAACUCGACAUGUUACACAUUGAGCAAUCAACGGGUGUUUACUCGGAAAUUGGUGCAUUUUAUAUUAAAAUGGAUAUGAUAAAACUCAUUAUUCACACGUAAUGAAUGACGUGUGUCUUAAAAGUCGAUCGAAGAUCAUUGUUUCUGUGAGUCUUAAGAAAGGACCAAUUCUGAGUCCUCAAUUUGUGAUGUCAGCAUCUGUUUUUAUGCUGCUGAAGGGAUGUACUGUUACGGAACAUGUACAGUAUGUGAUGAAGCUAUUUAUUGAUUCUUUUUGGUUAUUAUCUUUUGUCAAGGGUACGGUUUGCGUUGCAGGAGAUCCUCAGGUGUUUGAAAGAAAAAAAAAAGCAACAGGUCACAUCAACUGAAUCUGUCAGACAUCAUCUUCAAAUUCAUCAGGUGUCAGGAAAAAGGUCUUUUGCAUUAUC